UUUGAAGAGUGUUUUCCAAAAGCUCCGUCCACGUGACGAAUUAAUGUAAACGGUAUGUCUAACCGCAAAAAUAAAGCAGCGUUUUCAAAUUUCUUCGGCGUACAGUAUUGUGAACGCUGCCCUAGUAAGUAUCGCGGCUGUGAAAUUAAAACGAAACACUGACUUAACCGGUAAAUCAUCUCGAGUUAAUCGUUGAAUACCUCCUCAUCUCUCGGCUAUAUAGUUUUCAAUGAGAAAGCAUUAAACCGUUGACGUAGUUUUUGUAAAACCGUCUACCGAGAAGAAAACAAGUCAUUGUUUACAAGAUGGAGCGAAUCAGAAUUUGUUGAUUUAACGUGAACUAGAAAGAAGAUAAGUCAUGCUCCACAGACCAUGCUAUCCUAUCCUUCGCAAGAUAAACUUUUUUUUCCUCGCUGUCGCUUAUAUAUUACAUUUUUCUGUUAAAGUUUCACAGAAAAUUUUCUUCUCUGGGUAAAAAGAGUGGUGUCUCAAUAGUGUAUGUAGAACAAAGAGACUGAAACAAUAAAAGAAAAGAACACGCAACAUUAAACAUUUAAGAUUUCUCCUAAUCACUGACACGUGUUAUAAGACUAACAACAUUGAACAACAGUCGUUAAGCUGGCUUUUUUGCGACGGUCCCAUAGAUAGACAAAUUUCGGAGAGGACGUUAUUUACAGGAUUACACAGCCUUAAAAAGUAGAUGUUAGGAGAUAUGGCUUCGGCUUCUUCGUCAAGUCAUGAAGUUGUUGUGGAAAACCCAAGAACUAACAACCAGGCAAAUUCUCGCGAAGCGCCAAAGUUCCGAGUUGUGGAUGCCAUCCUUGAACUGUGUUACAAGCUUGAUGUGGUUUUAUGUUGCGGCUUACACAUCUGUGCACGAUGUUUUCGACCCCGCGUCCGCCUUCGACAAUCUAUCUUCACACGAAUGUCCUACAUUGGUUUGCUAGUUGGUGCCUGCCUGCUAUGUUGUUUUCUGUUGACACCGCGUACAAGACAUUACAUGGGCGAUAGGUUUUGCCAAAUGGUCUCGUACUUUUUCUGCGACACGUUACUCAGUUAUGCGGCGGUUUAUAGAGUUCUCUUUCUGCUAGCAAUCUUCUAUUUUCUCCAGAGUCUGGUUUUAUUUGGCAUUUCGUCAAGCAGGGAGAGUCGGGCGAGAAUAAACAAUGGUUUCUGGGGCGUCAAGAUUCUAAUUUUAUCGCUACUCACGUUUCUGUUUUUGCUGAUUCCUCAUUCGGAAUACACUGGGGAAGUGUGGACGUUCUUUGGCUUAAACGGUGGCUUCGCGUUCAUAAUUUUACAGUUUGUACUGCUCAUAGACUUUGUUCAUGCAUGGAAUGUAAGCUGUGUGGAGCGACUCGAAGCUUCUACAAGCUACACGCAGCUAAACCUAUGGUACAUGGUCCUCUGGGUACCUACAAUCACUCUUUAUGCAAUCUCCAUUAUUUCAAUUAUCUCGUUUUACAUCCUCUACGCUUGGUCGCCUGGCUGUCACAAUAACAUGUUCUUCGUAACAUUUAAUGUCUAUCUUUGCGUAGCCGCUACGUACAUCUCUGUAAAUCCCGUUGUUCAAGACGCGCGCCCGCGUUCGGGCCUGCUACAAGCAGCGGUCGCCACUGCGUACAAUACAUUUAUCACAUGGUUAGCACUGUCCAACGAACCUGACGAAGUCUGCAACCCGUCACGUGAUUAUCUUUUUCCCGGAAGUCCAUUCAGCAAUAUUCAAAUCCUCUUGAGCUUGGGGUUCAUGUUCUUUGUAUUAAUCUACGCGUGUCUGCGUGAUGUUCGUGCUCCACAGUACGGCAAACUACAUCCGGGAUAUUCAUCACCCGCACGCGAAACUCGCGAGGUCCCGGAUGGUCAAGACGCGACAGUGCGCAGCGGCGUUUUCAUUGAUGGCGGCUGCGUUUUUGACGAUGAGCAAGACGGCGUAGCGUACAGUUAUUCAUUUUUCCAAGUGCUAUUUUGUCUUGCCUCUCUCUAUACAAUGAUGACAUUAACCAGCUGGUAUCGACCCGAGGAGGGGCAGCAUUUCAGUGUCAAGUUGGUCUGCGGUUGGGGCGCGGUCUGGAUCCGACUCUCGGCCGCUAUUUUUAGCACUUUUAUCUAUAUUUGGACAUUGAUAGCGCCUGUGAUUUUUCCUGACUCGUACAGAGAUUUAGUUUUCUUUCAAUUCAUGCUUAGCGCUCAAAAAUCAACGCGGGUAGAAAUACGACCAACAAAUUGAGGAAUCUGAAUUCUGUUUUCAUUUUGCGGGUGACCUUUACGCUGAGAAGAAAACACGCUGUAUAUUUCUAGUGCAAAAACAGCUGACCUUAAUCUGACCGGACUAGUACAGCGCUCCUUAAAUCAUACGGACAUUUGACUUGAGAAUGAAUAGACUAUAAAUAUUUGGAUACAAAUUAGAUUUCAAGAAUUUUAUUGGUGGCAAUGAAGACCAAACCGCACAACUAUUCCAGGACGUUAAAGAGAGUCACAUGUACAGCGGCCUUUAUUUUAGUGUCAAAAGAAAUUCGCUAUUUGCUUUGGUUUUGCAUUUCUACGCUAUGCGAUUGGCACGAAUUUUCCCGCGCUUUGCGUCGGCUGCAUGACUUUUGCUUUGAGUUGUGAUUGGUUCAAUGGAUUGUCUGUCUAACUUGUGAUUGGCCCGUGUGAUUAUUAGGGUUUUGGUGUGAAAACAGCUCUAAUGGUAAUGGCAGUUCAAUUUCGUCGAACGUGCGUUGUACAUCUUGGAACAAUUUUUCGCAGUGAGCUGGUGCUAUAAGUUUCUAAGGGGGCGAGUUAAUUUAUAUGUUACAAUUGAAGAUGAAUGUUGUUGGAGAUAUAGCCGAGCGAGAAACGAAAUAAAUGAAUGGCAGAAAGUGGUGCGAUACUUCAGUAAAAUAUUUAAUUCAUUUUACCUGUGUACCAUUUAACGACGGUAACGACCUCUCCAAAUACCUCAUGGAGAUAACAAACCUGUGUGAAAGUUAUAUCAACCCCUUCUAACAUACUUGAAAGUUGUAGACACCAUGUAAACGUAAGUUGUAAAAGACCACAUACAAUUUCAACACCACUGUAGAUAUUUACAUGUGAUCAAAUCAACACGAAAACCUAAACGUUACCUGAGUGCAUUAAUAAAACAGCCUUUUAAAACACUUCAGCUACUCUAAGGUAACGGCCUCCACAACUUAUUUUGUUUCAAAAUUCGCUACGCUCGAUGGUAAAAGAUCGUACAUCCUUCAACAAAGCGAUUUCAACCACUCAGUGUUUUGAAUGACGCGCGCAGUGCGCAACUUGCAAUAACACGGCAGUAAUUUGGCGGCUAAAUGUCACCAAACUCUCUCAACAAAAUGACGACAAACCAUGAUACAUAACAAAAUAACUUUAAUUGCUAGUCUGAAAUUUAUUACAUCAGUUUGAGCGGUUUUCAUUUGAGUGUUGAAACCAAUUCGAAUCUGCUUUGGUUUUGCACUACCACGCUUUAUAAUACAGAUAGGACCCCGCACGCGCUCUGAUUGGUCAAAACCCACGUUUUAUCAGAGUAUAAAACACA